UUGUUUUUUGUGUCAGAAAUGUUCAUUUUUAUAAGGCUAAUAGUUUGGUCGAGUCAGUUCCGCGCUAAACAGGCUCUUUGAUACCUAAAUAUCAUAUCAAAAAGGCUUGUAAUUUGCAAAACUGGCUCUAUGCUUCGCGAAAUUAGUUGCAAAACUCGCUGAAUGCGUUUGAACCAAUAGCGCGCGUUAGAAUAUUCACGUGACUUUUUGCAGCUGUUUAUGUGUUUUUACGUCUUAUUUGCAGUCGCAGCGUGUGUCAUAUUAGUUGUUAUCGUCCGUCUUAUUUCAACGAUUGUUGAUAUUGUUCAGUGUUCAAUUAUUAUUUUAACGUCUUAUUUGCUAUGGAAAUACUACAUGCUAGUUCAAGUGUUUUACCUAGCCCUGCUGGGAAAGGACGUAAGAAAGAACGUCAGCCAGAAAACUAUAAAAGAAAUGUUGCCAAGCGUAUGCGACAUUUACCACAGACUCUGGCAACGUAUCCGACCUGCAAGCAUGAUGGUCGACCAGGACAACCUUAUUAUUGCACGACACUAACGAUGGCGCAGGUCAAGGAGUGUCACGCGUACUUGUACGAAUCUAAAGACAAGAUAGAACAAGAUAGGCGAAUACUAGCUUGCUGCACGGGAAACAAACCCAAAAGAGGUAAAACAGACCACGCUCAGGUUUCUAUACAAUACAAUAUCCGUUUGAAGGAUGGGCACUUGAUAAGGGUAUGCCGAAAUGCCUUUUUGGAAAUAUCAAAUUUUAGUAAAGAUAGAAUUCAAAGGGUAAUGCGAAAUUUUGUGCUUUUCGGGGCUCUUCCAAAGGAACGCAGAGGUGGCGAUCGAGUAGGUGUAAAAAAUAUUGACAAGCAAAAAAGCAUAAAGCAAUUCAUUGAAUCAAUUCAGUGUGUUGAAUCGCACUAUUGCCAAAGCAAGUCAAGUGUCCGGAUGUAUUUACCUUGUGACCUUUCUUUUAAAAAGCUCUACAAUCAAUAUCUGGCAAAAACCCCGGAAGGUAUGCAUGUAAAAAUAAGUUAUUUCAGAAAAUAUGUAAAUGCUAAUUACAAUAUUGCAUUUGGGACCCCACAGACUGACUGUUGUUCUUUCUGCCUGAGGACGAAAGAACAGAUUAAAUCAAUGACAUCCGCGAGUGGUAGGCAUCAAUUAAUUGUGGAACAUCGCAUCCACGUAUUGAAGGCAAAAACCUUUUUCAAAUUACUUAAAUACACUAAACCAACAACAGUUACCUUUUCUUUUGAUUGUUAAAAGAAUCUGGCCUUACCACGGUUGCCUGACCAA